UGUUCUUAUUGUUGUUUUGAUUUGUCAAAUCUCAUUCAAUUUUUUAUUUUUAUUUUUCAUCUAUGAUCGCAUUGUUUUUGCAAACAACUGAAACCGUACGGAAAUCAACGAAGCAAAAUCAAAGAAUUUCAUGUUGCAUUGCGAACGAACUUGUUAUAAAACAUAUUUUGAAACGGUGUCAUAUGCACGAUAGUGAGUGAAUGAGAGAGAGAUUUUUCCCGAAAUGACAUAAAAAAUAACGCUCGACGAUAUUUUAUCAUGUUUUGUUAUCAGUAAUUUAAGAAGAAGAAAAAAAGAUCGUGUGCCAUGUUCCUACGUUAGCCGCUUAAGCAUAUCAAGUCAAAUGGUUGCGUUGAUUAGUUAGUCUUGUGUUGUUUUUAUUCUCUUGAAAUUUCCGUUUUCGAUCAUUUUAGUUGUUUUUUUUUUAUUUGAAAGAAAACAAUAAAACUACGUUAUUUUCUUAAUUUCCCAAAUGUGUGCAAACUAAUCAAAAUUAAGAGUGUUAUUUCUCUGUAUUUGCAACGGUUGUUUUUUUUGUGUGUCAUAUUUAUGUUUAUGCGGUGUAAAAUAUGAAUUAUUUGAUUGUGAUUUUAAUCGUAUGCCACGUUAAUCUAUUAUUUGUCACAUCUGCCGAUGUAAAGACAAAAAAUGAUGAGCAUUCAAAGCAAUCGAUCGAAGUGCCAAAUGAUAUAAAUGCAGAAUAUACAAAACCACCGACAAUUUUAAUUGUCACAUUAUUUCGGAAUAAGGCUCAUAUUCUGCCAUUGUUUUUAACGUAUUUGAAUCGCAUCGAAUACCCAAAGCAGCGCAUUUCGUUAUGGCUUCGCUCCGACCAUAAUGAAGAUGAAACGAUUGAGGUCUUAAAUGCAUGGCUGCACAAAUGGUCUAGCGAAUAUCAUCAUGUUAAUGUUCAGUAUGAUAACACGACCAAACGACGUGACUUGGAAACAUCUCAAACACAUUGGCCCGAUGAACGCUAUUUGGAUGUGAUUCGAAUGAAAGAAGAGGCCCUGAAUUAUGGCCGAAAAAUGUGGGCCGAUUAUGUUUUCUUCCUUGAUGCCGAUGUGCUUCUGACCCGUCCAACAACACUCACCGAAUUGUUGAGUUUUGAUGUGCCAGUUGUCGCACCUAUGCUCAUGUCCGAUGGUCUCUACUCAAAUUUUUGGGGUGGUAUGACGUCCGAAUACUAUUAUCAACGUACCGAAGACUAUAAAAACAUUUACAAUUACAAUCGUCGUGGUCAAUUCAAUGUGCCAAUGGUGCACAGUGCCGUGCUUAUCAAUUUGAAUGACAGACGCAGCGAUACGUUAACCUUCAACAAAACAAUUUUGGGUGCACGUUUUUCGCUCAACGAUUAUGAUUUAUCAAAAAUACCAACGGAUGACAUCAUUAUAUUCGCAUUAUCGGCAAACUAUUCUCAAAUGCCGUUAAAAAUCUCAAAUGAUUACCUCUAUGGGUAUGUAAGUGUGCCAUUGGAUGCGGAUGAUGACAUUGACAAAGAUUAUAAACAAUUGAUCAAUUUGAAAAUUAUGAUUUUAAACGAUGAAUUGAAUGGUUCAAUUGACGUUGAACCAGAACUUGAACGAUUCAACGAACUUCCGUCGAUGGACAAAAUGAGUUUGGAUAAAAUUUUCAUGAUUAAUUUACUGCGGCGUCCAGAACGACGCAUUAAAAUGGAACGAAGUUUUAAAGAGCUUGGAUUGAAUGUUGAACACGUGGCUGCAGUCGAUGGAAAGAAAUUGACACAAGAAUAUUUGGAUGAAAUUGGUGUAAAAUAUUUGCCGGGAUAUUCGGAUCCAUUCCACAAUCGACCCAUGACCAAAGGUGAAAUUGGUUGCUUUUUAAGUCAUUUUAUGGUGUGGGAAAAACAAGUGGCACAGAAUUUACAGGAAGUUCUUGUACUUGAAGAUGACAUACGCUUUGAGCCGUAUUUUAAGCAACGAGCAAUGCAUUUACUUGAUGAAGCUCGAAAAAUUGGUGGAUGGGAUCUAAUAUACUUUGGUCGCAAGCGACUAUUAAAAAAGAACGAGAUGUGGGUAGAUGGUUCCGAUUACUUAGUUCAUGCAAGCUACUCCUACUGGACACUUGGAUACGUUCUCUCACUUGAAGGAGCUAAAAAACUUUUGGCUGCAAAACCGCUUGAAAAUUUGAUACCAGUCGAUGAAUUUCUGCCAGUUAUGUUCAAUCAACAUCAAAAUGAGACGUGGAAGAGUGCUUUUCCCAAUCGAAAUCUGGUUGCAUGGAGUGCGGCUCCACUUCUACUCUUUCCAACGCACUACACAGGCGACGACGGAUAUUUGUCGGAUACCGAACCGUCGGAAGAGUCUGACAUCAUCAAUGUUACUGGCGACGAGACAAUGGAGAAAAAGGGCAACAAAGAAGUCAGUAAUGGCAGUCCUUCGGAUCAAUUGCAAAAAUCAAUGGACAACACAGUGGAUCAAAAUUUAAAUGUCAAUGCCAUCAACAAUGCAUCGAUCGACACUUCGUUCUUUAUAAAUAAUGUAAAUGAUCACGCAACUAUCCAGCAUAAGUCAUCAUCCGAUCAGCACACGGAGCUAUGAUACAAAAAGUCAAUUGAAAAUUAAAAGAAACGAAAACGGUGAACGUUACUUGCCGCACCAAAUUCUAUUUCUCAAAAGUCGCAAAGUGCCUUUUUUUGUAAAUGCGUCAAUUAUUUCUGUUUUUUUCGCUUUUGAGCAUUGCAAAUGCUUCGAUAUAUUUUCUCUCAUACACUGUAUUCUAUAAAAUAUAUAAUAAUUAAGUAAAAGCCAUGACCAAUGAAAAUCAGACAGUCUGCAUAUGCAUCUUAUUUAAUGAAUCUCCAACGAACAUGAAGAACAAAAAGAAAAGCCAUAUGCAUUUUCAAUGUGUAAAAUUUUAUUGAAGUAAACAAUUAUUUUUAGGAACAAUUUUACAUAUCCAAUAAAAAC